GGUACCCCGGACUCGGAGUGCGGAGGGAGCCCCUGCGCUCGAUCAGAUUGCGAUUGCUCGUCCGGAGGCUGCUUCGGUCUCGGACAGGUUCAUGACGGUGAUUGACUGCGCUGGCUGAUCUGUAUAAAUAUUGCGAGUCUGUCUGUCUGCUCGAUAUCAAUCAUCAAUCACCAACCUCCUCUCUCUCUCGCACCUACACCAUGGAAACCGCGCAAACAUUCGCCGAGUCGGCAAACGGUCUCAUCAAGCUCGAUCCCACCCGCGUGAUCGGCACCAUCGACGACAAGGUCUACUCCGGCUUUCUCGAGCACAUGGGCCGCUGCAUCUACGGCGGCAUCGUCGACUUUGACUGCACCGUGCCCGGUCUGACGAACGAGAAGGGAUACCGGCUCGACGUGGGCAAGGCGCUCAAGGAUCUCGAUAUGCCGGUCGUGCGCUACCCCGGCGGCAACUUUGUGAGCUCGUAUCACUGGCUGGAUGCGGUCGGACCGAAGGAGAACCGGCCCCGACGUCCUGAGCUGGCGUGGCUCGGUGAGGAGUCCAACCAGUUUGGCACGGAUGAGUUCAUGGAGUGGUGCGAGUACAUGGGCACGGAGCCCUACCUCUGUCUCAACAUGGGCACCGGCACGCUGGACGAGGCGCUCGCGUGGGUCGAGUACUGCAACUCGGACAAAAACACAUACUACGCCAACCUGCGCCGCAAGAACGGCCACGAGAAGCCGUACAAUGUCAAGUACUGGAGUCUGGGCAACGAGGUCUGGGGACCGUGGCAGGUCGGCCAGAUGACGGCGGAGGACUACAGCAAGAAGGCGUUCCAGUGGGCGAAGGCGCUCAAGCUGCUUGAUCCCGACAUCAAGCUUGUUGCGUGCGGCAAGGACGGACUCGACACUUGGGAUUUCACGGUGACGCAGGCGCUCAUCACGCAGAUUGAUUACUACUCGAUCCAUCUGUACACUUCGCACGAGGAAUACUACAAGAACGUGACCUGCGUGGCUGCGGCCGAGCGCGCGAUCCAGAUCACCUCGCGCUUGUUGGAUCUGGCGACAAUCACGCAGAAGGCAUACGACAAGCACGUCAAGAUCUGCUUCGACGAGUGGAACGUCUGGGAUCCGAUGCGCGCGCCCGGCCAUCUCGGCGCGGAGGAGAAGUACACUCUCUCGGACGCGAUCGCGGUUGCUUCGUGGGGUAACUUGUUUGUCCGCCAGGCUCCGACGGUGGGGAUGGCGAACAUUGCGCAGUGUGUGAAUGUGAUUGCGCCGGUGAUGACUACGCCGACGGAUAUGCUGCUGCAGACGAUUUACUACCCGUUCCUGCUGUUUACAAAGUACAUGCGCGGCCAGAGCCUGAACUUGCAUGUCGAGGGCCCGACGUACAAGGGCGAGACCGGCGCGUUCUUUGGCGACUACAUGAAGUGGAUCAAGACGACCGAGCCGGCGAUCAUGCUGCUCGACGUGUCUGCUGCGAAGAAGGACGGGAUCGUGAGUAUUGCGGUCGUCAAUCGCUCGCUGGAGGAGGACGUGGUGACUGCGUUUGAGCUGGAGGGAGAGUACAAGGAGGACGUGGUCACGUACAGCGUGUACAACGACGACAUUGCUGCGGUGAACACGUAUGAGAAGAAGGAUGUUGUUGGGAUCGAGGAGAAGACGGUUAAGUUGAGCGAGUUGAAGUCGUUCACGGUGAAGAAGCACUCGUUUGUCAUGCUGCGCAUCACGCAGGCAUAA